GCCCAGUUCCCACAGAUAUCUCUUGAAUUUCCUCAUCUCAUUCCCCCAAAACCCCCACCCACAGACAUAAACACAGUAGGAAGAAGAUGUUAUUAUCAGUGGGAAUUCAAGCUGUUUCAGGCAAUCCUUCUUCAGAUCCUUCUCUCCUCCCUCAGACUCAAAUCUUCCCCACUCUGAAGACUCCAUCGAUUUCCUUAUGCCCACAGCCCCUGAAGAAAGGAAAGCUUAGACCCGUCAGGAUCUCUGCUUCAUCUUCCUCACUCACCCAAGAAUCAUCAACCUUGGAUGGUAAGAAUGAGAGAAAUAAAGGUAAAGAGAAGCUGGGAGUGGUGGUGAAGCCGAUGGAGAGGCCAAGGCUGGUGUUGAAAUUCAUUUGGAUGGAAAAGAACAUCGGGAUAGCUAUAGACCAAGUGAUUCCAGGCGGCCAUGGCACUAUUCCGUUGAGCCCGUAUUAUUUUUGGCCGAGAAAGGAUGCUUGGGAGGAGCUGAAGGUUAUGCUGGAGAGUAAGCCCUGGAUUUCCAACAAGCAGAUGGUUGUUCUGCUCAAUCAGGCUACUGAUAUUAUCAAUUUGUGGCAGCAGAGUGGAGGGGACUUAGCUUAGUAUUGAUUUUGUGCUUAUUGAGAAAUGCAAGGUUUUGUUCCCUGCCACUAUUGUUUCAUUCACGUUUUUAUUAGAUAUAAUAUAAUUGUUAUUUAUUCUUGCUA